AUGGAAUGGCAUCCUGAGGAGGAGCCAUUGCGGCAGUUGGCCAGGUUUUUAAAUGACUCCUUGAAUGCCUAUGAUCAUGUUGCUCAGAAACACGCCGAGCAGAUGCUUGUUCAAGCAACAUCAUCGCCCGAUUUUGUCAACUACCUUUCCUACCUCCUUUUUACGACGCAACCUCCUGCGACAAUUGGUUUCGAUGGCGACCAAUACAUUGUCGUGCGCGUAUCCGCCGCGAUGAACAUCAAGUCAAAGUUGCGGGUAGCAUAUGGAACUAUCUCAGAAAGCAGCUUAGGAUACCUGCGCUCUUCCCUUAUGAUCGCAUUGCAAGACCCCUCUGUUCAAGUGCGAAGGGCUUCAGGGACAGUGAUUGCCGAAAUGAUCAAACAAGGCGGCGUGCUAUCCUGGCCAACUUUGUUCGAGGAGCUUCUAUCCAUGGUCGCCAAUUCGGCCGGCUCUUUUCCAAUAACUACUCAAGAGUCGGCGAUGUCAGCCUUACAAAAAGUCUGUGAAGAUAACCGGAAGAUACUGGAUAAGGACUAUCAGGGCCAACGCCCAUUAAAUAUCAUUCUUCCAAAGCUAAUGGACUUCACCUCUAACCCAAGUUCGAAGGUGCGUUCUAUGGCAUUGUCGACCAUCCAAAUGUUUUUGUCCUCGAGGUCUGACGCUCUCAUGGGUGUCCUGGAUACAUUUCUUCACGAGCUAUUCAAACUCGCGAACGACCAUGAUACAGAUGUACGAAAGACGGUUUGCCAGGCAAUCGUGCAGCUCGUUGAUGUUGCUCCGGACAAAUUGGUUCCGCAUAUGGAGGGGUUGGUCAAUUACAUCAUUAUGCAGCAGAAUAAUCCAGAAGAUCCAGAACUUGCGUUGGAUGCCGCCGAAUUCUGGCUAACAGUCGGCGAGCAGAGACAACUGCAGCCAUCUUUAGUACCCUACCUUGGAAAAGUUGUUCCCGUAUUGCUUCAAAGUAUGAUAUAUGAUGAGGACGAUGCCAUCCUGUUGGCCGGAGAAGCUGACGACGCUGAAGUCGAGGACAAAGAGGAAGAUCUAAGACCGCAAUUUGCGAAGAACAAGGGUUCAAGAUUACCUAGCACUAAAACACCUGAACAGUCCAAUGGUGAUGGGCAGACUCCUGAGGAAGAUGGUGAACUUAGCGAUGGCGAAAUUGAUGAUGACUCUGAAUUUGGCGAGGAUGACCCCGAGAGCGAAUGGACCGUUCGAAAAUGUUCCGCUGCUGCUCUUGAUGUCUUCGCCACCGUUUACCAUCAGCCUGUCUUUGAGCUCAUAUUGCCCUACCUACGGGACAAUUUGAAGCACGCUAAAUGGACAAACAGAGAAGCUGCUGUUCUAGCUCUUGGGGCAAUUGCAGAUGGUUGCAUGGAUUCCGUUACGCCUCACCUAACUGAACUCGUACCAUACCUGAUUUCCCUUCUCUCCGACUCGGAACCUAUUGUUAGAAAGAUCACUUGCUGGUGUUUGGGAAGGUAUUCUGAAUGGGCAGCAAAUCUGGAACCAAACGAGAAAACCCAGUAUUUUGAACCGAUGAUGGAAGGCAUUCUUCACUGGAUGCUGGAUAACAAUAAGAAAGUUCAAGAGGCAGCCUCAUCCGCUUUCACUAGUUUAGAGGAGAAAUCGGGAGCUAAUCUAGUACCAUACUGCGAACCAAUUCUUCGCCAAUUCGUGUUAUGUUUCCAAAAAUAUAAGGAUCGAAAUAUAUAUGUGCUGUACGAUUGCGUGCAAACACUUGCCGAAUCAGUGGGGUCUGAAUUGGCCAAACCUCAUUUAGUCGAGAUUUUGAUGCCGGCGCUAAUCGGGAGGUGGAACAGAGUGUCUGACCAAUCUCGUGAACUAUUUCCUCUACUCGAAUGUCUAGGCUAUGUUGCCUCAGCCUACGAGGACGCCUUUUCACCGUUUGCCGCGCCAAUGUUCUCUAGAUCCAUCAAGAUCGUGUACGAAAAUAUUCAGGGGUACCUACACGCAGUCAACAAUAAAGCUCUUGAUGCGCCGGACAAGGAUUUUGUCACAACAAGCUUGGACCUUCUUAGUUCAAUAAUCCAGGCCAUUGAUCCACAGAAAAGCUGUGAACUUGUGGCAAAUUCCCAGCCGCCUUUCUUUGAACUGCUAUGCUACUGCCUGCAAGACCCUUAUUCUGAGGUUCGACUUUCGGCGUAUGCCUUGCUUGGUGAUUGUGCAAUGAAACUAUUCCCUCAACUUCAGCCGUUUCUUUCCACUAUUGUCCCAAAUUUAAUCAAGCAGCUUGAUUUGGAUUCGAUGCGAGAUGAUGAAGCUAUGAGCGGCCUCAGCGUGAUCAACAAUGCCUGUUGGGCGAGCGGAGAGCUUGCAUUAAGCGCAAAGGCCGACAUGGCACCCUAUCUGGAAGGUUUAUACCAGGCAUUUGUGAUUAUAAUGAGUAAUGAAGAAGUGCCUGAUUCGGUGAACGAAAAUGCUGCUAUUGCCCUUGGACGACUUGGCACUGGCUGCGCCGAACAACUUGCGCCGCACCUUGCCCAGUUUGCAGAGCUGUACCUUCGAUCCAUGUCCAAGGUAGAAGUUACGCGAGAGAAGUCUACAUCGAUUAUGGGAUUCAAUCAGAUCGUUCAACAAAACCCGAAAGCUAUGGAGGCUUGUCUUCCGACGUAUUUCCAUGCGAUUGCUCUAUUUCCAGCAAAAGCGUUGGCGCAGCCAGAGUUUAUGGGCUUGCAGCAGUCAUUUAAUCAGGUGCUACAAGGCUACAAAAGCUUAAUACCCAACUUCAACGCUUUCCUCUCGUCCCUACCGGUCCACGUCACCCGAAAACUCCAAUCAAUAUACCAGCUAUAG